AUGGACAACGACCCCAUACAGUUGGAGCAUCAAACAGCUCCAGAGAGCACUCGUGGUCUUUUUGACCCUCCCGAAACAAAGCCCCCGCUCAACUCUGCUCCUACAUUUGAUAAACGCCGCUCUCUUCAAUCCUAUUCUCCUCUCAUUGAUACAACCAAUCGAUCAUCAUCAUCAUCACCAUCACCAUCAUCCUUUUCUCGUGGUCAUCAACGUUCUCGUUCAGCUGUCAUGCUUGGAAACUUUUCAGGUCGUCGUGGAUCAGGUUUAUUACAAACAUUGACCGAAGAAGCAGCAGCAGCAGCUACAACUACUACUACUACUACCGAGGAUGAUAAGAAGGUCACUGUGGAUUCACUUCAAGACAUGAUCAAUACAUUGAAAUCAUUACCACCUGUCACUAUCAAGGAGGGUGGCGGACAACAACAACAACAACAACAAGUGAUGCCAUCUCCCAGUACAAGUGUGCCAACACCUCCUCAACGUAUGCCACAACGACGUCGAUCCACAUUGAGUGGUGCCGAUACCAUGCAAAAUAUGGUCCAGAAUACUGUCCAGGAACUUCGUAAUAUCGACAAGCAUGGUGUUGCUAUGGGGAUGGCUGGUGGUAUGGGUGGCAUGGGUGCUCGUCGAAGGAGUCGCCGUGCUAGCAGUAUGACAAGUACACUUGAAGCUUCGGUUGCUUUACGGGAUGCUGCUUUGGCUGAAACAGAGGCCAAGUUGCUAGGCACCUUUGCAAAGAUUGAGGAAGAUGAACCCGAUGCCGCCAUGGUCCCACCUACUCCCAUUCCUCGUCGCCAUUCAGUCUCACGCCCCAUCAUGGAAGACCCUCCUAUCAUGCGUCCUCGUCGUCGUUAUUCCGAAUCCUCGAGUGGGUUUGAUCUUUCUUCUCUACAUAAUGGUUCGGUUGGUGUUGGUGGUGGUCCCAAGCGUAUGUCUCUUCAACAACUACCCACCUUGGCUGAAAAUGGAGAAAUGUCGUCGUUAAGGUCUGGAAGACGACUCACCUUCAACAAGCCCUUGACACUGGAAGAUAGCAACAAGAGACUCUCCAAUGGACCUAGUAGUGCAGGACAUAGUCGUCGGUCUUCUCGUAAUUUAGACUAUGAUUGGCGAUCCAGCACCGGUCCCAUCCUCGCACCUGCAAGUGCAUUGCAAUCUUUCAAUCUGGUACCUUUUACGCCUACACGUGUGAGUUUUGCAAAGGAUGAUGCCAAUCCACAUCAACGUCGUCCAUUGUUUAUUGCCCAUCUACCCUUCUCAGCACUGCCACCCCUAUUCCGAUCACGACAACUGGUGCGUGGCAUGUUACGAGUCAACAAGCGCAACCGAAGUGAUGCCUAUGUCACAUGUGAGGAGUUGGAUGCCGAUGUCUAUAUUUGUGGAUCGCGUGAUCGUAACCGUGCACUGGAAGGCGAUGUGGUGGCUGUACGUCUUGUGGAUGUCGAUAAGGUGUUGCGAGAAAAGAGAGAAAAAGAGGACGCCAAAAUUGCACGCAAUGGCGGCAAAACACGUACACGUAUGCCUGAUGAGGAGGAUGAAAAUGAGAUUAUCUUUGGCGGUGAUGAUGAUGUGGAAACUGUCAAACCAAAGUACUGUGGUGUGGUCGUUGCUGUGCUUGAGCGCGCUCAAAACCAAGUCUUUUCCGGCACUCUUACCCUCAUGAGACCCAACAAUAAGCGUGCACAAGAAGAAAAGGCUGCUGAACAAGCUCGUCUCGCUGAAGGUGAAAUCCCACGCAAAGAAGCACCAAGAAUCGUUUGGUUCAAGGCAACCGAUAAACGUGUCCCCCUUAUUGCCAUCCCUAUCGAACAAGUGCCAACCGAUUUUAUUGACAACAGUGAGCACUAUGCAACUCGUUUAUUUGUGGGCUCUAUCAAACGCUGGCCAAUUACUUCAUUGCAUCCAUUUGGUUAUUUGGAACGUGAAUUAGGCCAAGUGUCUGAAUUGGAUGUGCAGGUGAUGGCCAUUCUUGCCGACAACAACGUGACAGAUUCCGAAUUUGGGGAAGCCGUCAUGGCAUGUCUACCAUCCUUACCAGCUCAGCUCCCCGACACAAACGAUCGUCGUGAUUGCACCAACAUGCGCUUAUUUACCAUUGAUCCUGCAAACUCCUCAGUGUUGGACGAUGGCUUUUCUAUUCGCAAGAUGGGUGAUGAUACCUAUGAAGUGGGUGUACACGUUAGCGACGUUUCGCAUUAUAUUCAGCCUCAUUCGGCAUUGGACAAAGAGGCCCGUGCGCGUGGUGUACGAGUGGACCUUGUCAGUACACAUGUACCUAUGCUCCCUGAAACAUUAACACACAAAGUAACAAACUUGGAACCCAAUGAAACAAGAUUGGGUAUUUCGGUUAUUUGGACAAUGAAUUCCCAAGGACAAAUCUUUAAUACAUGGAUCGGCAAAUCUCUUAUUCGCUCGAGUGCCAAAUACACUUAUGAGGAAGCCCAAUCCAUCUUGGAAAAGGAAUCAACGUCUUCUGAGAUUGAGCAAGAUAUCCGCAGUCUUUUAUCCAUUGGUGCCAAAAUGCGUGCAACACGUCUUGAUCAAGGUGGAGCCAUGUCCUUGAUGCGAGAAGAGCUUUCAUUUGCAUGCGAACAAGGAUAUCAAAUCCCACCCACUGCUGUAUCACCCAAGGCCAUUUUGGCUGCUGAAAAAUAUGUGAAGGAAAUUCAAUUGCGAGCCAACAUUACGGUUGCACAAAAGAUUUCAAGCCAUCUUCCUGAGCAAGCCAUGUUGCGUCGUCAUGCUCCUCCUCUUGAUAGAAAGAUUCGUGAGCUUCAGCAAUAUGCAGGAGAGCAUUUGAAUGUAAAGUUGGAUAUUGCAAGUGCCAAUGCCUUGGAGCGAUCCGUACAAGCUAUUGUCGAUCCACAACUACGCAAACUCGUUACCAGCCUCGUUCUCAAAACAUUCCAGCCGCCAAAAUACUUUUGCAUCGGCACAUUUGAUAUCCUCAAAUAUUCCCAUUAUGCGCUCAGCGUGCCUUUGUUUACCCAUUUUACUGCACCAAGCCGUCGUUACUCUGAUAUCAUUGUUCAUCGCCAAUUGACGGCUGCUUUUGAUGAUGAUAAGGAAUUUUACCUUGACCUUGAUACAGUACAAAAAUUGGCUCAACAUUGCAAUGUCAAAAAGGAAGCUGCUCGGAUAGCUCGUGAUCAAAGCAACUUGUUAUUCUUGGCUCGUCACCUUUGUGCCAAGCAACAGCCUCCUAGCAACUCGAUUGCUAUUUUCAGAGACGCUAUUGUGGUGGCCGUCACCAACAGCUACUUUGAUGUGAUGGUGCCUGAUUACAACUUGGAAAAGCGUGUGCACCUUGCUCACUUGCCUGUGUGGAACAGCAAAUAUGAUGCCAUGGUGGGCUUGACCAUGUAUUGGAAGAAGGGUGUUUCUACGCCCACAGGAUGCAACAGCACCGCACAAGUUGAUUUUGAUGAAGAAGAAGAGGAGGAUAUGGAUGAAGAUGUCUUGGUGGAAGAAAUGGAACAAGAUCAUGCAUCAUCAUCGCCAUCACAACAGGUUGUCAUGGCACCCCUUACAACAAGACCUAUCAUGAAUGGUGGUGGUGGUGGUGGUAAUACAUACCAGCAGCAACAGCAAACACCGGCUCGUCCACGUCGUGCCUCUGUUUUACGAGCCCGAUUGUCAGAUAGCACAGGAUACAGUCAUGAACAAUCUUCUCAAACGCUCAAGCCAUUGGAUAGGAUCAAGGUGGUGGUCAUUGUUGAAAUGAGUAAACCACCUCCAGUCGUUCGUGUAUUGGCUGCAAACCCAUUUGCAUGA